GCUGCGCGGCGCACGGCACGUCCGCCCUCCCGCAGCGCCCCGCCGAGCAGCAGCAGGAGCAGGCCCCGGGCCGGGCGGGCCCCGCCAUGGUCGGCCGGGAGAAGGAGCUCAAGAUCCGCUUCGCACCGGGCCGCUGCGAGCUGGUGGAGGAAGAUGUUGAUAUUCCCAGUAGGCGAGCUCUCAUUACUGGUGCUACAGGACUUCUUGGCAGAGCUGUGUUUAAAGAAUUCAAUGAAAAUAAUUGGAAUGCAGUUGGCUGCGGAUACAGGAGAGCUCAGCCCAGAUUUGAACAGAUAAAUCUUCUGGACUCUGUUGCAGUUCAUGACAUUAUCCAUGAUUUUCAGCCUCAUGUUAUAGUGCACUGUGCUGCUGAGAGAAGGCCAGAUGUUGUAGAAAAUCAACCAGAAGCUGCUUCUCAGCUCAAUGUGGCUGCUUCAGGGAACUUAGCAAAAGAGGCAGCUGGAGUUGGAGCAUUUCUGAUCUACAUUAGUACAGACUACGUGUUUGAUGGAACAAAUCCUCCUUAUAAAGAGACUGACAUACCAAAUCCCCUGAAUUUAUAUGGUAAAACCAAACUGGAGGGUGAAAAGGUAGUCCUGGAAAAUAAUGAAGGUGCUGCAGUACUUAGGAUUCCUGUCUUGUAUGGAGAGGUGGAAAGGCUGGAGGAAAGUGCUGUGACUGUUAUGUUUGAUAAAGUGCAGUUCAGUAAUAAGUCUGCCAAUAUGGACCACUGGCAGCAAAGAUUUCCUACUAACGUCAAGGAUGUAGCAAGUGUUUGCAGACAGCUAGCAGAGAAGAGAAUGCUGGACCCAUCGAUAAGAGGCAUGUUUCACUGGUCUGGCAAUGAACAGAUGACUAAGUAUGAAAUGGCGUGUGCCAUUGCAGAUGCUUUCAACCUUCCCAGCAGCCAUUUGAGACCGAUUACUGAUUGUCCGGUUGUGGGUGCUCUCCGUCCGAGGAACGCUCAGCUGGACUGCUCCAAGUUGGAGAUGCUGGGGAUAGGCCAGAGAACACCAUUUCGAGCAGGGAUCAAGGAAUCUCUUUGGCCUUUCCUCAUUGACAAGAGAUGGAGGCAGACAGUCUUCCAUUAGUUUGUAACUUUUUUAGUAAAAGUAUGGUAUGUGGCACUUUUUUAAAAGAAAAAAAAACAUAGUUUUGUAUGAGUGUUCUUAAAUUGUGACAUUUAUGAGUUUUCAUUUAAUCAGGUAAACAAAUGGUCUUGCACUAGUGAAGUCGUUAGCCUAAAAAACGUUCAGUGACAAAAACUGAGCCUAUUUGAUGUCCUGGAUCUUUCUUUCCAUUCGUACCAGUCUAAGUUAAUGUCUGUUCCCGGCAGAUUAUGGUUCUUGUCAAUCAGUACCAUUUGAUGCUAAGAAUGACUCAGCUCACUUGUAGACUUACUUUUGGCUGAAAUCUGUGGUUGAUGCUUAAGGUCUGUGCCAUUGUUGUAUAUACCAUUUCUCUUCAUUAAAAGACGUGGUCGGUUACCACCA